CUCUCGGGUUUCCUUCUUGCCUUGGAAUUCCUCAAGCACCAAGACGCGAGAGACGUUAGUGUCCAAUUGUUCGUACAGUAGUUUACACUCACCAAAACUUGGUUGUUUAGUGUGCCGCGUGCUUCCAAUAAGACCGUUGAAAACUCUUAUGGAAUUUAUUGUUUCCGUGCCGGGCCAUGUCGCGUGCCACUAUUUGUACGUGUAUUUGUCUUUUCGUGACUAAACAACAGUUAUAGUUAUAUAUUAUGUGGGACCAUAUUAUAAUAGUAAAACGUGAUAUAUUUGCUAAGAAGCCAAAGUAAAAUAAAUGAAGACUUUAUAUAUAUAUAUAGGUAUAUGUAGAUAUAUAAAGCGACUUGAGAAAAAAAAUGGAUGGUAGAUCAAUUACACGAUCAUUACUUCUACAAUCAGUUUUGAUUUAAUAAUGCCCCGAAAUAUGUAAUUUGAACUCGUUUGCGUGCUGUUAAAGCAUUUUUUAUGCUCUUUCUCGUGGUGGUACUUCUGAAAGACUGAAUUAUUUUUGAGUGCUUAUGUACCUGAAACGACUGCCAAGUGCUGCAAAGUGAACUGUGGGUGCUGUUGUGGGGCCAAAGCAAGUGAUUCGCUUGUUCACUCUAUCAUUUUGCUCUUAUUUUCUUUCCCUCUCUUACUUGCUUACUUACUUACUAUACAUUCAUAAGAGAAUAAGCAGCCGACCAGUUGACCGGUCUCAAGAGAGGCGUGCGUGCUCGUGCUCGUUUAUUCCUAACAAUGGAUGAACGCGAAGCUAUCUUCUGACACCAGACGAAGAGAAGAGGCAAAAAUAAAACAAACGAAUAUUAAAAGGAGUUAUUAUACUGUUGAUGGAAAUGUUUGUGACAAUAGUGUAAUUAGUGAUUCUAAAUUAGAGAUUCAAAGCUCAAAAAUUAAUGGAUGUCAUUAAAAAUUCUAUCAGCAAAAUAAACCGUAAGUGAAUUAAUAAAGCCCAGUGAUAGAAUGAUAGUGAUGAUGGUGAUGAUGAUGCCAAAAAGAUGAGCUAUGGCAUCGUCUACGACUCCAAGUUAUACUGGAUUAUCAGCACCUGUUGGUGGUAACACAUCUCGUUGUGUAAGUCUUGAAUUCCCACCUCCACCACCUUAUCCACCACCCAUGGCUGAAAAUCAGCUGCAUCAGCAAAAGCAAGCUCAACACUUUCAAUCUCAUCAACAAUUACAAUGUCAGCCACAAGUAAUUCAAGAUUAUUCAUAUGCUUGCUAUGAACCUGGACCGUCAAGUAGAAUAUCUUUACUCUAUCCUCAUUCCUGCUCUGUGGAGGAGCCGUCAAAUCGUCAAUGGACUUAUCACCUGCAGCGCCAACCACCUGUUCGGGACUUGGCAAAGCGACACACCUAUGUCACGCGAUAUGGGACAGAAGAGAAUAUUUACGAAGAAAUAUCUGAGAUCAGGCAGUGUCGAUUAGGACUCAGUGAAUCUCAUCGAUCACUCGUAGCUGAAGAAGUACGUCGAGUUCAUUCCCGUCAUCGUCGUGUCCUUGGAGAAUUAAACUUAAGUGUUGAAGCAAUGUUGAUGCCGAGUACAGUAGAGGAUAACGAGAAUGAUGAUGAACACAAUGUCAAAGAGAGCCAAGAUGAUGAGAAAGGACAAAACCGAAUGGCUCCUUCAUUUCUAUCAUCUAAUGAACCCCCAUCACUCUUUGUCGGCUGUGAUUUAGACAGUGGCUUUAGUGGGAGUUCUAGUGCCAGCUAUAGGUCAGGAGCUGGAUCUCUAAGGAGAGACUUGGAUAAAUCACUAAUGGCUUCCACAUCGUGUACUAAACUGAUUGCCAAUAUGCCAAAUCGAAAAAAUAAAGCAGCUAUGAUAUGGAAAAAAGGCUGGAAAGGAUGGAAAAAAUUCCAGGUGUUUGCUCACGCGUCAAAAGUCAGUGAUGAACCACGAUCGAGGUGUCAAUCUUGGGACGACGUAGGAGUACCAUCAGCUAGGAUGGAGGCAGUGUCAAAACGACAGUCUCAGCAUCAUCAACCCUUGGAGCCUACAAAUUCAAACAUCUCCUCGAAUUCUGUGAAAAGUGAAGAUUCGUGGUGUUCAGCGUCAGAUCAUGAACAUUCGUCUGACGAUGAAAGUGAAAAAAGUAAUAUCAGUAUAAAAAGUAAUUGUCAGUUACGGAAUACAUUGCACAAAGCAAAGACUCUAUGUGACAAGUUGAGAUCACAAAACAUAAGACUGAGUAAUAACUGCCCAGCAGACACUUUAGAUGCAGCAGGUAAUCAAGGAAGAUUAUCACGCUGGUUUAGUAUUCGUAUGCGAGGGUCUACACAUCAAUAUGAUGUGGACUCGUCGUCCUCGGAUACUUCGAUUGUGUCAAUGUGCAGUCCAAUAAAACAACAGCAGUCAUCAACGCCAUUACAACAGUCACCGGUGGCUCCAAUUGGCUCGCCAAUGUCCCGACUUGUUGAGGUCGAGGAAGAGAGCUAUACUUCAGGCAGCAAUACAGCUGCUGCUAUCAUGCAAUUCCAGUGUAUGCAUCCUCGCAGACAAGCACCUCCAACUCUUCCACCAGCACCCCCAAAUCUUACUCCUCAACAAUUAAAACGACGUCACAUUGUUGCUGCCAUUGUUCAUUCUGAGAAUAGCUAUGUUGCAACAUUACAAAGAUUAGUUAAUGAUUACAAGAAACCUUUAGAAGAGUCAUCACCACCUGUACUAAGUCAAGCUAAAAUAGCCACUUUAUUUCAUCGUUUACCAGAAAUCCUACAAUGCCACACACUCUUCAGGAUUGCCUUAGCUGAGUGUGUGAGAUCUUGGGACAAAGAUGAAAAGCUUGGUGAUGUUUUUGUUGCUAGCUUUAGUAAAGCUAUUGUUCUUGACAUUUACAGUGGAUUUAUUAACAAUUUUUCACAAGCUAUGGAUCUUGCUAAACAAGAAUCUAAAAGAAAAACAGCUUUAGCCGAUUUCUUCAAGGUUAAACAAAUAAGUGCCCAUGACAGAUUGUCUUUUUUUGGACUUAUGGUUAAACCUGUUCAAAGGUUUCCUCAAUUUAUUUUAUUUCUUCAGGACUUAUUGAAGCACACACCUCAAGGACAUCAUGACCGAAUGUCUCUUCAAUUGGCAUUAACUCAGUUAGAGAGCUUGGCAGAAAUGUUGAAUGAACGAAAACGUGAAGCUGAACAAUUCCAAGCAUUUAAAGAAAUGCUACGUCAUGUAUCUGGAAAAUUAGCUCAUCGACCUCUUUCUUCAUCUUCUCGUUAUUUGAUAAGAGAAGACAACGUUACUCAAUUAGAGUUUAAUCAAAAUGGCAUGAUAACUAAAUCAAAAAGAAGAAGAUUGCUAUUAUUGAACGAUUUAGUCGUGUGUGUUUCUGUAACACCUAGAUCUAUCGAGGACUUUUCAAGCAGUGAAAGACUUACGUUAAAAUGGACGUAUCCGGUGUCCGACAUAGAGAUACAAGACACCAGCACAUCUCCAACACUGAGUCGAUUACUCACAGCCGGUCUCAACAAAGGCGGGAGUUUGAAAUCGGAAAAAAGCUGUGGUAUGAACGAGAGCAAUCACCAAGCAGGUGCCGAUAGUAUUUGUGCUGAGAUGAAUGACCUUAUGCACGACUAUGAGGUUAUGUCAAGGAUAAGUGAUCUCGUGACGCAACUCAAAGGAACUUACGAGGGAAUGAGCGUUGCAUCGACAAAGCAAAUUCUCCAGUCAAUUCAGUCAUCUAUUCAACAAAAAGACGAAGACAUGAUAUGGGCAGACAGUUGUUGUCUUCAACUUACAACUAAACAAGGACAAAUGUAUACUUUCCAAACGGAUAAUCCACUAGUCAAAAAAGAUUGGAUAACAGAGCUAAGACUUGCUCAAUUAGCUUUGGAUCCAAAUAACUCACCGUCUUGGGAAGUGCCUGAACAAGAACAAAGACCAUCCACGAAGAUGCCAUUAUUCGUUAGUUCUCAAGCAGUUUAUCACUCUCAGUACAAGUCAGAAGUUCGUUGUGGAUGUUACUAUACCACCCAUAAUCCCCGUACAGUUAGACGACGAACUUCGCGAAAUCCACAAAGUUAUUUGUGGAUUUGCACGGGGGAUGGGGUAUCAAGUCACGUUACAGUAUUUAGCCAAUCAACUUCUAAUGCUUCUUCAGCAAUAUCAUUGAAGAAAAUUAGUACAUUUGAUUUAGUCGAAACACGUGUAGCUGCUAUCGAAUUCAUUAAGGGGGUUGAUGAACCAGAAUCCUGUCAAAUAGGUGAUCAAGUAUGGAUGGGAACAGAUUCAAGGAAAAUAAUUGUUUAUUCAGCAGUUGAACCCGAGAAACAAGAACAGCUUGGAAGUUAUUCAGUAUCGGGUUCAGUAAUUCAAAUAAAAUAUCACUGUGAUAAUGUCUUUGUAGCACUUGGCAGCGGUUCUUUACUGAUGUUUAAAAGAAAUGUAGAUAGAAAUUGGCAUAUGGGAGAACCUUCAGUCAUUUGUUUAGGAGCUGAUCCGGUAGCUUGUCUUAUGCCAAUAAAUAACACUGUUUACGCAGCUUGUGGAAAGAAAGUUUGGGUGCUUAAAGCAGCUUCUGGAGAGGUAAUGAAGAGUUUUAGUGUGCAACAUGAACAUGUUGGUAAUGUACAUUUAAUGGCUCAUUCAGGCGUUGGUCUGUGGGUUGCAUUAAAAAAUUCCAGUACAGUUUGUCUUUAUCAUACUGAAACUUUUAAGCAUCUUCAAGACAUAAAUAUUGCCUCUAAUGUUCUGCGAGUAACGAAAGCAUCUAUUCUCGAUCGUUUAUCGUCAUGCAACUCUUACGGUGAUAAUAUCAAUAAUGGCAAUUCAAAUUCACAAAUUAGUGUAAACGUUACAGCUUUAAUGGCUUGUAAAGGACUUCUUUGGGUUGGUACUAAUGUUGGAAUUAGUUUAACUAUUCCGUUACCAAGAUUAGAAGGAGUUCCUAUUAUAAGUGGCCGAGUAAAUAUUUCAUAUCACGCACACUUUGGGCCAAUUACUUUUUUACUGGCUAUUCAAAAUAAUAAAAACUCUCAAAUCAGUAAAUCUUCAAAAGACGAUGAGCAAAUUCAAUACAAUUCGAAUGAACAAACUGAAAUAGAUCAGCAACAAUUAAGACCUCACAAUCGACAAACUGAUCAAUCAGAACAAUCAAGGAAAAGACAAGAAUAUCAUCGAGCAAGUUUGAAUGAAUCAUCUGCUAACUCAACGGCUUCGUCGUCCUCAUUUUCUUAUAAUGUUGAUAAAUUGAAGCAACAAUUAGCUGGAAGCCCUAUUGCUCUAAGAAGAAAACGGAAUAAAGAUAAUGAUUUUAGAGCAUCAAAAACUUUGCCAAGGGGUUUUGGUGGAGCAAUAAUUUCUAGUAAUUCAUCACCACCAGGAUUAUUAUCAACUUCAAUAGCUAGUUCUCAAAGUUCUGGAGAAAAUUGUGAUGUUUAUGGGCUUUAUGGUGAGUUAAUGUACGUGAAAGAUUAUGAAAAUGAUACGAGCUCGGGAAUUGAUCCAACAUAUGAAAGUCUGAGACGUAGUGAUCCUGAAUUAGCUGCAAUACCUAACAAGGUCAAUACUCUAGAUCGAAGGUUGAAAAUGAAGAUCACGCGACCUAGAUCUUUAGAUUUAUCCAACUGGUCUGUCGACUCUCACGCGAGUUCUUUGUAUACGUCAUCUGGAUCUGAAGAAAAUCUUUCUAAAACUGGAAAAUUAUCUAGAAAUAGUAGUACAGCAAGUGGAAAUACAACAACAACUUCAUUCAAUCUCGAACCAUUAAUUUCUUCAAAUACUGUCAACUCAGGAGUUGAUAGCAAAGAAACUAUUCAACAAACACGAUUAAACACCGUUAAGAAAAAUAGUACUACAAAUAAACGAAAGAUUCAACAACAAAUAGAUCAACCAAAACGUACAGUUUUAACUUUAAUGGGUGGACGUGGUUACGUAAAUUGGAGGCAAUUAAAUAACACAACUUCACCACCUCAACCAUUUAUUGGGGACAAAAACUCAAAGGCCAGCUACUCAUGCAAAGAAACCAACACCAAUGAUGCUCAUAUAGUAUUGUGGGAAAUGAAAUUAUGAUAAAGAAAUAUAUAUUUGAAAAAUUUGCUGGUCAAA